AUGUCAGCCACCUUUCCGGGACUGGUUCAUGAUGCGGAGAUACGUCACGACGGAUCAAACAGCUACCGUUUGAUGCAGCUCGGCUGCCUGGAGUCCGUGGCCAACUCGUCGGUGGCUUACUCGUCGUCGUCUCCGCUCACGUACCCGGCCACCGGGACCGAGUUCGCGUCGCCGUACUUCCCCGCCAACCACCAGUACACGCCCUUGCACCACCAGUCUUUCCACUACGACUUCCAGCACGGGCACCACGCGGCCGUGAACGCCGACGCCUACUACUCGCAGCAGUAUUACCAGCAGCUGCACCAUCACGGCGAGCCCACCGACUUCAUCAACCUGCACGGCGCGCGCGCGCUCAAGUCGUCGUGCCUGGACGAGCAGCGGCGCGAGCUGGGCUGCCUGGACGCCUACCGACGCCACGACCUGUCGCUCGUGAGCCACGGCUCGCAGUACGGUGUGCACCCAGAGCAAAGGCUGCUUCCGGGGGCCGGUCUGGGGCUUCCGCCGCCGGGGGCUGAUGAUCUACAGGGAUCCGUGGACGCGCAAUGCGGGCUCAUGUUGAACGGACAAGGCGGGGUUAUCCGGCGAGGAGGCACGUGUGUGGUGAACCCUACAGAUCUGUUCUGCUCUGUUCCCGGACGUCUCUCUCUCCUCAGCUCUACCUCCAAAUACAAAGUGACCAUCGCGGAAGUCAAGCGGCGACUCUCUCCUCCAGAGUGUCUCAAUGCCUCGCUGCUGGGGGGCAUCCUCAGGAGAGCAAAGUCUAAAAAUGGUGGCCGGUGCCUCAGAGAGAAGUUGGACCGCUUGGGGUUGAACCUCCCAGCAGGCCGCAGGAAAGCCGCUAAUGUCACACUACUCACGUCUUUAGUGGAAGGUGAAGCGCUGCAUCUGGCACGGGAUUUUGGCUACACCUGUGAGACAGAGUUUCCCACCAAAGCUGUGGGUGAACAUCUGGCACGGCAGCACACAGAGCCUAAAGAGCAGAAUGCCCGCAAGAAAAUGGUGCUGGCCACCAAGCAGAUCUGUAAGGAAUUUCAAGAUUUGUUAAGUCAGGAUCGCUCUCCAUUGGGUUCCUCAAGACCGACACCAAUCCUGGACUUAGAUAUUCAGAGACAUCUAACGCAUUUCAGUCUGAUCACGCAUGGUUUCGGGACGCCGGCCAUCUGCGCCGCUCUCAGCACCUUCCAGACGAUCCUCAGUGAAAUGUUGAACUACCUGGAAAAGCACUCAGCCAAUAAAAGCACGGGAACGCCAGAUGGCAACCAGAUCAACUCCAACUCUGAAAAGACGCCGCUACGCAAAACGAACGAGGUGCCAUCAAAAGAUGGAAAAAUGGAGAAAACUGAAUGA